AUGCAUUAUUGUGUUUUUGGAAAUAACAGUCCACCUAAUAUUGCUAAACUAACUACUUUUGCAAGAUACAUCUCUCAUAUUGCAGCAUUUAAAAUUUUUUUUGUCCAUGAAACAAAUGAUCAGCAGUUAUGGAAUAUUACUUGUCCUGAUUCUAAAAUAAAAAAACUAAUUACCCUUAAAGAGUCGUUUUCCUCGUUGAAUUAUUGGAUUUUGACCUUAAAACUCUUUCAUCCUUAUCCUUUGUUGCGUCACACUGAAGGUGUUGACUCAGGACAUGCUUACUUUGUUUAUCCUCCAGAGCUAACAACAAACAUAUUUUAUUUCUCUGAUUUUGCUAACUUUAGGAGUGGUUUUCAUCUGUUUUUUUCAGCACUUGCUCCCUCAACAGCCUAUGGAAUUGUCAAAAAUUCCACCUUACUCAAUAUUUUUUUAAUCCUAUAUCCUCCACUCGCAAACCAUUCAAAGUUGCAACGCGUUUUGCUGCAUUGUUUUAAAGAAACUAUAAACCAUCCGGAUAAUAAGCAUUAUUCGAACAAAGAAAUUUAUUCAUUACAUCAACAAAAGUUUCGUCAAUUUUUUUGUAAAAAAUGUUGCGAAAGCUUAGAUUUUGAGAAGAAAAUCCGGAAUUUCAAAUGUACCUUAAAUCUACAAGAUUUAGUUACAAUGAGAAGUUACAAAUGCGUGCUUUCAGUAUGCAUGCAUAUCAAAUACUUGAGCACAAUAAAUAAAACACAGUCCCCUUACCCCUAUUUUAGCUUUUUUCAGACAAACUGUGAGAGCAAAACACUUCUGGUUAGAAGAGUCGCAUUUAUUAUUUGUAUAUUUUUACUGAAAUAUCGCAUUUCUAUGACUUGCAGAAAACCUAGAGCCGGUCAUUUUAAUUCUAUUUUCAAAGUAUUUCACAUUUUUAUUUUAAAUUUGAUGCUGUGGCUGUGUGAUGCCGAGAAAGGGUAG